UUCAAGGCAGAUGUUGUUGUGCCAGAUUAUCCCGAAAAUUAAUAAAACAAUCACGUCCACAAAGUAAAUUAAGCCUGACGCAGGUGUGUACUGAGCCAAAGGAACAAUAACAACGUGAUUUGGAAUAAGUUUUAACAUUUUGUAAUGUGCUUUUAUAAAGAAUAAUGGGCCCAUAACAAAUGCAAGUACAGACUAACUACCACUAUUUUUCCGACUAUUAACGUAAAAACGCAUGUUUAAGUGGAUAGAGAACUACUGAGCAUUAAUGUGCAAUGCCUGUGUGUUGCUACCAUGAUUGUCUCAAUACAAAUGAAAACAAAUCCAUGUUUUCAUUCCCUAUCAAUGAUUAUCCUCGCUUACAGCUGUGGAUACAACAUGCGGGUAAUAAAAACCUGUCAUCAUUGUCGCACCAAAAGUUAAAGCGCCGUUACAUUUGUGAGGAUCAUUUCAAACCUGAAUAUGUAUGUAAGAACUGGGUGAAAUCCAGACUUCUACGUACCGCUGUACCUCUACCGUUUAAACCUGUCACACCAGUGACACCACCAGCUCCACCUAUCGAUUAUGUCAAAGUGUUUGACUUUCUGUGUAUGGAGUGCAACAAACCAAUCACAGGGUUUGGGUUCCAAUGGUGGUGCCUACAAUGCGACGGACUGCGUUGCGGCGUAUGUGCCCUACGAAUGGUUCACCGUCCACACUUCCUGCUUCGGUCCCCAGCCAACACCACUCCUGAACAAAUUCAAAUCUUGAUCGCAGCCAUACAAAAGGAGCUGCAGCUUGAGGACUUCUUUAAUACACGCGACGCAGACAAACAUGCGGACAACGUCGAGUCAGCAGAUGUGGAUUUGGAUGUAAUAGAGGAAAGCCUACAAGAACCAACAGUAAAAGCGGAACCUCCUGAAGAAGCGGAGGACCCCCUGGCCGAAUGUUCCAACUAUUCUUUCAUUCUAAAAUCCAACGAAACACCAACCAACAACUAUUACACUAAAGACCACCAACCCAUUUCACAAAACUGUAGACCAAAUCCGAAGUAUGGCCUCAGUGACUCAUUAAAUACCCACGAUGAAGACAUGGUUUUGGGCCUAAGAGGUACAGAUUAUCAACCUAGCGAGAAAUCCUUAGACUUGGUCAAACCUUUCGAAUACCAGCGGAAUUUGCAGUAUUUAGGUCUUGGCAAACCAUUAGAGAUUCGAGCAAGCCAGUCUUCAGGCCUUGAAGACUCAAUCGAAUAUAGACCAAGCAAGAAAUCUGUAUGUCUCGAAUCAAUCGAUUAUCAAGUAAGCCAGACACCUGAAUGCACUUUAGAAUCUCAAGAUUGGAUCGAUUAUCAACCAAGCAAAAAAUCUGUUUGCCACGAGCCAAUCGUUUUAUCAAGCCAGACGUCUACAGGCCUCGACAACUCAGAGCACCGACAAAAGAUUUUGGAUUUCGAUGACUUUUACGGUAACUUCGGCCUCUAUACAUACGAUCAACCGGACAUCGCCGAUAUCCGGCACUCGGCCAGUCUCCAAGCAGCUCCAAAGGGCCCUGAUAGAGCUCAAAGUCCGAAGCCAAAUAAUAUAGAAUUAUCUGGACCUUCUUCGUGGGCUACAGAUAAAGUUCCAAAUAUGGAUUCAGCUAACAUGGAAUUUUCUGGAUCUUGUACGUUAGCUACCGAUAGAGUUCCAAAUACGGAUCCAACUGGCAUGGAAUUGUCUGGAUCUUGUUUGUUUGGUACAGAUGAAUUUCCAGAUACAGAUCCAACUGGCAUGGAAUUAUCUGGAUCUGGAUAUGAAUCUGACGGAUCAUCCGUACAGUUGGAAACCCUAGUUCCAAAUGAUCAACAUCCGAGAGACGAGGACAUCCACCCACCGUGCAACAAACGAGUCCGUGUUCAAACUAGUACAGAAAAUGUUGAAAAUGACUUAGUGAAUACUACAACACCCCAAGCAAUAGAGAUCAAAAAUAUAUCCCAGCAACCCGAACAAGUGACAUUGAUAGAAGAUGAAACAGAAUAUACGAAAAAUAAAGAACCAAAAAUAAGUAGCCCACCACAACCGUUGUGUCAAGUAUACUUUGAGAAUAAAAAGACUGAUCAUAUUAAAACACAGCAACCAGAAGUUCAAGCACACUCCACCCACAAAAAGCAAAAUUGUGCGUAUAAUAUGGAACAGAAAAAUGAUCAUAACAAACAAAAGUCAGUUAACACUAAAGGAAAGCUUAAGAAUACUCAUAAUAGAACGCAGCAACCACGAAUCUACGCUACCUCCACCAAACAAGGUUUUGAGAACAAUGCAGUACAGACGGAAAAACAUAACAAACAAAAAACUGUAAAAACUAUAGAAGAUCCUAACUAUGGUCCUCUUAAAACACAGCUACCAGAAAUACUAGCAGACUCUACACACAAAGGCAAAAACUCCACAGACGCUACCGAAGAACAGAAUAAUAAAAGUGAGACACGGCAACCACCUAUUAAAGUAUACUCCAAGAAACGAAGCUGUACGAAUACUAUAGAACAAAAAGAAAACAAACUAAAGUCAACAAAUACAAUAGGAGAUCCUGAGAAAGAUCCAAAUAAAACGAAGGAACCCGAUAUUAAAAUAUACACCACCAAUAAAAAACAAACUUGUAAGAAUAUUACAGAGCCUGAAGAUGAUAAUAGUAUAACACAGGAACCAAAAAUGCAAGUAUAUUCCACCCACAAAAAGCGAAAUUUUACAGACACUACUGAACACAGAAAUAAUCCCAAACCACAUAUAUCAGUAGAAAUGAACUUAACACACAAAGACAUGAAAUCAAGGGAAAUUACAGAACAAAAUAAAGAUUCAAAUAAAAUACAGGAAACACAAAUUCAUGUAUAUUCCACUCACAAAGCCAGAAACAGUAAACACUGCAGAAAGAGAAAAUACUCGUAAUCAUGAUAGAAUACAGCGACCAGGUUCAAAACAAAUAACCAAAUUCUACGGUCACUAGAUACCAAAGAGAAAAACUACAUUUCAACAAGAGAAAAUCACAAAAUUGUAGUAAGACGCAGGACCAACGGGCAGAAUUUACCAACUAUCAAAGUCAAAACAAUCAAAAUUUUACGAAUGAAGGACAACACAUAAAACUUAGAUUGGCCCGAGGAGGGAGAUCACGAGGUGAGUCUGAUACGUGAUGAGGAAUAAAAAUAAAAAUAAAAACCAUACAAACUGCAGGUAUUUUACCGUAAUGGAAUUGAAA